AUGUGGAGCGAGGCCAUGAGCACGCUAGCGAAGCUGUACCCGAACCUGUCGGAGGACCAACGGGCUGCGAUGCUGCUAAAAGGUGCUGCAAUGUCUUCGCUGGAACGUGACUCCGGAUUCAACUCCGGUAGCUCGGAGCACGAGGAAGAUCUGUGGUCGCGCGAUGGACUCAUCACUCCCGAGAACGCCAGUUCCGAGGAUUCGGUACCGGAGGCGAAGCUGCCGGCGUGUCCACCUGCGGCGGCGGCGGGUGGUGUGGCGAUGUCGCUGGUGAAGAACAAACGGAAGAGUUCGGAACCGCUCCGGGUCGUCGCGGAGAUGGAGCUGAUGGCUCCGCUGAAGAAGCGCAUCCGUUACGACGAGGAGCGGAAGCAGUUGGAGCAGGAGGAACAGGAGAGGGAAAGGGAACGGACCGAAGCUGGUUCUCCGCGACCUUCGUCCCGUGCCACCGCCAGCCCCUUCCGCCCGUGGGCUCCUCCUUCCGUAGAACACACUGGCCCAGCGCCAGCGGGAAUCCCAACGGUGAUUCCUAAUCCGGCCGAUCUGCUCAUACGACACCCGGCUGUCACCACGCUUCACCGGGCGAUCUCCCUGGAGCAGCAGCAACCGCUUGCCCUUGUUGCGAAGAAGAGUACCACCACGAGCAAAGAUCCACACUCGAGUCCGAUCCGGUCAAGUAUCCGCUCGACGUCAUCGCUUGCAUCGCCACAGCAUUCACCCGACUGGCCACAUCACCACCACCACCUCAGUCACCACCAUCCGCACCAAGUGCACCCCUCCGCGUCGCUGUUCGUGCAGCCCCACGCACCACCUUCCCUCGACGGAACCAACGACUCCGUCACCGAUCUCGAGACGACGAUGGCGAUGGCAUCCUCCGGAAAGGCAACCUCAUCCUCCGGCUCCUGCUCGGCCGGAGGCUCCCAGACGCGCAACUACAAGAACAUGACGCGCGAGCGACGGAUCGAGGCGAACGCACGCGAACGAACCCGUGUCCACACAAUUUCGGCCGCCUACGAGAAGCUCCGGAAGGCCGUGCCGGCCUACUCGAACGCGCAGAAGCUCUCGAAGCUGUCCAUCCUGCGGAUCGCCUGCUCGUACAUCCUCACGCUCAGCCGGAUGGCCGGCGAGGACUACAGCGAGGACGGUUCGGAACCGUCGAUCGCCGACUGCGUCGAGAUGGUGACGAAGACCAUCCAGACCGAGGGCAAGAUACGCAAGAAGAAGGACGAAUGA